AUGUGCGUACACCUAACUUUUAGUUUAGGAACCUUAAGCCCCGUAAAAGGUUUGCCUUUCUUUGUCUCAUGUCCAUCUCCAUGUUGCCAGGCAAAAGUUUGGUUUUUCAUUGACAAUCCAUUAACUUUCUUUCUUUUCUAUUUUUUCCUUCGUAUUUUUUUCUUUCUUAGGCUCUUUCGUCUAUGUUUUUUUUUUAUUCCUUCUUUUUUUCUAUUAUUUUAUUUAUUUUUCACCUCCAUUGUCUUUUUUUUUCUUUUUUUACCAUUUCAUUCGUUUUCUAUAAAGUUCUUUCUUUUCUAUCUUUUCUUCUCAUGUGAUUUAUUUUCUUCUUUUUACUUUCUUCUUGAAUUAUGCGAUUUCAUUCGUUCUUUAUUCUUUCUUUUCGUUCAUUCCUUUGUUAUAAUGUGUUUUCUUCUUCCAUGCUUACUUUUACUUUCUUUCGUUCAUAUGCAUUUUUUUCUUUUUUUUUUUUACUUCUUUUGUCUUUCGAAUUAUUUUUUUAUCUCAUGCUUUUCGUUCAUACAUUACGUAUUUAUUCCUUUUCCAUUUGGACUUUCUUUUUCUUUCUUUCUUCUAUCUUUUAUUCUUUUUUAUUUUUAUAAUGACCCCUUUCGUUUUCUUUCUUGCUUUCUUUCUUUCUUUCGUCUUUUUUUUCUUUUUAAUUUUUCCAUAUCAGAUCUUUUCUCGAAUUCUUCCAUCCACAGUUCUUUCUUUCCUUUCUUUCUUUCUUUCUUUCUUUCUUGCUUGCUUGCUUUCGUCUUUUUUUUUGUUUCAUUUUUCGUCCUUUCCUUUUCCUGCAUCAGUUCGUUUCUCGAUUUCGUCUGUCCACAGUCCAUAUUUUCCCGUCCAUUUUUCUUUCAUUUCUUUUUCAUAUUUCGAUUUGUUUUAUUUCAACCUUAUUGCCAGUUCGUUUUUUUUUUUUUUUUUCUGUCUUGUUCCUUUCCUCCUACAAAGUUUAUGAUUCCCGGACAGCGUUUGGUCAGCCGGAGCUGA